AUGGAGGAUUCAACAAACCCAAUGGAUCAGCAGCAGUUGUUGGCGGGUGCCGGUAACGCGGGCUACGAGAACAACGUGUCGGCACCGGCACCGACACCCUGCUACGACGAUCUGUUCCCGGCACUGCCGGAGAGUGAGCCGCCGCGCUUUAACAGCACCUUGUCACCGGCCACGCAGAACAUGCGCGUCGGCAGCUCGAUCGUGACGCAGGUGUUUAUCGUCGCGUCCGGCGAGCGCAAGUACGACUCGGACAAGUUCGGCGAGGGCGAAUCGCUGCGCACGUGCCAAUCGAUCAUGAAGGAAACCAAUGCACACAUCGAGAUCUCGAGUGGCAAGGACCAGUCGCUGACGUUCCUGGUGACGGGUAAGGUGCAUGAGGUGCUCGAGGCGCGCCGCAAGAUACUGGUGCACUUCCAGACGCAGGCGAGCAAGAUGAUCAACAUCCCGCGCGAGCACCACCGCUGGAUUCUCGGCAAGAAGGGCGACCGUCUGCGUGAGCUGGAACGCACGACUGCGACCAAGAUCAAUGUGCCGCGCAUCAGCGACGAAUCCGACACGAUCACCAUACUCGGCACGAAGGAGGGCAUCGAGAAGGCGGAACACGAGAUCCGCACGAUGUCGGACGAACAGUCGCGCAAAGCGUUCGAGCGGUUCAACGUGCCGAAAAUUUACCAUCCGUUCAUACUCGGCGCGUACGGCGAGAAUCUGCAGAAGAUGAUGGAGGAAACGGGCGCCAAGAUUAACGUGCCGCCGCAGUCGGUGCAGAAGGACGAGAUCAUCAUCACGGGCGAGAAGGAGGGCGUACUGGCGGCGAAAGCACGCAUCGAAGCCAUCUACAAGGAGAUGGAGAAGAAGUGUACGUCCGUCGGGGUGGAGGUGGUACGAGCGCAGCACCGGUACGUGUACGGGCCGCGCGGUUCAACCAUCCAGGAGAUACUGCAGGCGACGGGCGUAUCGGUGGAGAUGCCGCCGAGCGAUUCGCCCAGCGAUACGAUCACGCUGCGCGGUCCUCAGGACAAGCUGGGCAAUGCGCUGAACGUGGUGUACCAGAAGGCGCACUCGAUCCGCACGGAGGUGCUCGAGUGUCCGCAGUGGAUCCACAAGUACAUCAUCGGUCGCGAAGGCGGUCAUAUCAAGGAGUUCUCCGUCCAGCAUCCGAACGUGCAUGUGGAGUUUAGCGAGGACAAGAUCAAGAUCGAUGGACCGCCGGAACAGGUGCUGAUUGCGUCCGAAGAGCUGCAAAAGAUGGUGAACGAUUUGACCGGUCGUUUGCGGCUGGCCGAGAUGGUGGUCGACCCGGUACAUUGCAAGCACAUCAUCGGUAAGGCGGGCUCUAACAUCAAUCGCAUGAAGGAGGAGUAUGAAGUGCAGAUCAACAUCGAUGAAAAGGGUGCCAAACCGAUCCGUAUCGAGGGCCCGGUCGAAGGUGUGGCCAAGGCGCAACAGGAGCUGCUGGAAAAGAUUGCGAAAUGGGAAAACGAGAAGGAGGAAUCGAUCAUUAUCGAUCACCGUCUGUUCAAGACGAUCAUUGGCGCGAAGGGUGAAUCGAUCCGCGAGAUACGCGAGAAGCACAACCAGGUGCAGAUCGUCUUUCCGGGCCCGAAUGACAAGUCGGAUAUUGUUAAGAUCCGCGGCAUGAAGGAGGACGUCGACCGGUGUCACAAGUAUCUGACGCAGUACGUGAAGGAACUGCAGAAAAAUUCGUUCGUGCUGGAGGUACCGGUAUUCAAACAGUUCUUCAAGUACAUCGUCGGCAAGGGUGGUGCAAACAUUAAGAAGAUUCGCGACGAAACGCAGACAAAGAUCGAUUUGCCGUCCGAGAGUGACACGAACGAGGUGAUCGUGAUUACCGGCAAGCGCGAAAAUGUGAACGAAGCGCGCGAUCGCAUCCAGAAGAUCCAGAACGAAAUGUCAAACAUUGUGUCGGAGGAGGUUACGAUCCCGGCCAAGCACCAUUUCUCUCUGAUCGGAACUGGCGGUAUGCUGAUCAACUCCAUCAUGGAGGAAUGUGGCGGUGUGUCGAUUAAGUUCCCGAACUCGGAUGCGAAGAGCGACAAGGUGGUGAUCCGCGGCCCGAAGGAGGAUGUGGAGCGUGCCAAGCAGCAGUUGCUAGAGUUGGCCAGUGAGAAGGAGCUGUCUUCGUACUCGGUGCAGAUCCGCGCCAAGGCGCAGCAUCACAAGUAUCUGAUCGGAAAGAAUGGUGCUUCCAUUAAGAAGAUUCGUGACAAGACCGGUGCUCGGGUCAUCUUCCCAGGUGUUAACGAUCAGGACAACGAAACAAUCACGAUCAUCGGCAAGAAGGAACAGGUAGAAGAGGCGAAGGCUGACCUGGAAGCAAUUAUCAAGAACAUCGAUAACAUCGUCGAGGACGAAAUGAUCGUUCUUCCGAAGUAUCACAAGCACUUCAUCUCGAACCGUGGUAAGGUGCUGCACCGUAUCGAGGAGGAAUGCGGUGGCAUGUCGAUUUCGUUCCCGCGCAUGGAUCGUGACGAUCGCAACGAUCGCGUGAAGCUAAAGGGCCCCAAGGACUGCAUCGAGCCGGCCAAGCAGCGCAUCAUGGAGAUCGUGCAGGAGCUCGAGUCGAUGGUGACGAUCGAGUGCUACAUUCCUGCCCGCCACCAUCGCAUCAUCAUGCGUCGUGGCGGUUCGAAGGUGCAGGCCAUUACGUCCGAGUUUGGAGUCAACAUAAGAUUCCCGGAGCGUGGCACCACCAACAAUAUGGAUACGGCUCCGCCUGCGGUCGAUCCGGCACAGCAGCAGAACGGCAACGGUGACGCGUUGCCCGCUACAGAAAACGCGACAGACGCUGGUGCGGUUGUGAAUGGAGCCGGUGAACAGCAGCCAGCCGAACCGGUCCAGCGUGCCUCGGAUCUGGUUCGAAUUAGCGGCAACAAGGAGAAGUGCGAGCUGGCGAAGGAAGCACUGCUCGCACUGGUACCGUUGACCGAGGAGAUUAACGUGCCGUGCGAUUUGCAUCGUUCCCUGAUCGGGCAGAAGGGCCGCGACGUGAAGGAGCUGAUGAACACGUACGAUGUGCACAUCGAGAUGUCGCCGCAGGACAAGAAGCUCGACAUCAUCAAGGUGACGGGAACGAAGACGGCCAUCGCCGAGGCAAAGGAAGCGAUUGCUGAGCGCAUCAAGCACCUGGAGGCGGACCGAAAGGAUCGGGAACUGCGCUCGUUCGAGGUCAAGCUGGAGGUGGAUCCCGUUUACCAUCAGAAGAUUAUUGGCCGGCGUGGCGUUGUCAUCAACAAGAUCCGCGCUAAUCACGAUGUGCAGAUAACGUUCCCGAAGCAGGAUGACCCCCAGAACAGCAUCAUCACUAUCCAGGGCUACGAAGAGAAAGCACUGGCGGCGCGGGACGAAAUCCUAGCCAUGGUGGAUACGCUCAGCUCGGUGUACAAGGAGGAGAUCCAUCUGGAUGAGCGCGUGCACCGUCGUUUUAUCGGAUUCCGUGGCAAGCGGCUGCGCGAAAUCAAGGAGCAGUACGGUGUGGAUAUUACCUUCCCGCGCAUGGACGAUGCGGACAAGUCGCUGGUCACGCUGGCGGGCACACCGGACAAUGUAGAGGCGUGCCGCGAUUACCUGCUCAAUCUGGAGGAAGAGUUCCUGCAGGACGUGUCUGCUGCCCCGACCCAGCCGACCUCCUUCUCGCAGAUCAUGGAAGAUACGAUGGCGAACCAGCAAACCAACAAGCAAGGCUUCGUUGUGAGCGGUGCACCAUGGGAGCGCAAGGCCGCGCCCAACACACAGUCGCUGGAGGACUUCCCAGACUUUGGCGGACUCGGCGGUGGCCCGGGUGGUCCGGCCGCGACCAAUGCCGACACCAACACGCAGACGCCAAUCAACUCCGCCUGGAAUGCCAAGCAUUAA